AGACUCUCAGACAAACAUCGCUUCACUACGAGCUCCAGCAGCACAUGACAGCAAAACCUCCGCUAAAAACUAACAUUAUCCAUCCGGAGCGCAGAGCAACGCAGCGUUUCUGAGCCUUGAAACGCUUCGGAGUCUCUCCUGAAAACACUCAGACACCCGUGGAACAGAAACACUCUGAAAUCCCUUUUUUUUCCCUGAAGGAGGAUUUUUGGUGGAAAAAAAAGUGAAGAAAGAGAAACCGGUGAGCACGUCGAGCGAGUUUUUGGAAGCAGCUCAGAGCGCACAGCAGCAGCAGCAGCAGCAGCAGCAGCAGGAGGAGAAGUUUAGCUGAGCAGCGCACAGAGGAGCUUCAUCCUCGGCUUCUUUCUGCCUGGAUCUGCCUCUCAGAUCACCGAGGAGCGUCCCGGGAGGCUCGGAGAGUCCGGAGCGGGCUGAGAGUCUGGAUGCAGAUGAAACCCUGAACCUCCCUGCAGCUCCAGGGGACUUUCUCCGAUGUGUCCCCAGCGCUCAGAGCCCCUGGCCCGGCCGCGGGGAUGGCAGCCUCGGCCCUGAACCUCAACGGCCUCGGAGUCAUGAACAGCAGCAGUAACCAGAUUCACACCCAGCCAGGCUCAUCCAGCGCCGCCUCUCGGACCAGAACCAGCCCGGUGGCCCGACCCGUGCUGCCGGUCCCAGAUCGGAGCACCUAUUGCCAGUUACUGGGUGGAGGCCUCUACAGCCCCACCAGCCCCAAGACGAGUCCUCGGUCUCUGGGUCAAACCUUCGUCUUCCCAUCUCCGUCGCUGCUCUCUCCCAGACCUCGACCUCGAUCUCCGUCACCUCGAAGCCCGGAGCUGCUGGGGGUCAAUGUGGGCCAGCGGGUCCGACGCCUGAGCGGGGAGGAGGGAGGCGACGGGCGGCAGGAGAGGGGAGGAGAGCCGGGGGGAGGCGAGAGGCGAGAGGAGAGGAGGCGUCAGGCUCAGCAGCUGCAGAUCAACAGAGAGCUGCAGAACGUCGAGGUCAGGGGGAAAGUGGGCAUUUUCGAGGCCCACAUCUCCGGGAUUCGUGCCCAGGUGCUGAGCAGCGAGCAGCAGCGAAGCCCUCGGUCUCCCAGAAGAGGCCGAACCUCUUCCCCUCCCAGCCCAGGAAGCAGCGUUAGUGAAUACCCAAUGACCCACCCAGCGGAGAAUAAAGUUCCCAGUGUUGUUCAGAACGGCAGAGACAGGGAGGAGGAGGAAACAACGCAGGCUGCUAAAACAAAUGCCGCUCAACAUGAAUGCAGCUCAGAAACCACGAUGCAAAGGUCCUGCUCGGACGGACUGUUGAACGCUGCAGCAGAUGGAGGUAAAAACGAUGGAGAUGUGAAGCAGGAGGAUGAAGGAGGACGAGACGAGAUGCUGCUGCAGAUGGAGGGAAGCCGGUCGGAGGUUCACCCAGAAACAGACGCUUCAUCUGGGGUACAAACUAGCGAGACCUCCCCUCCUCUGGUGGACGUCUCCUCCAACCACACUCCCUCCUCUCCUCCCUCCAUCCCUGCAGUCAUAAUAACCGACCACGGCUUGGAGAGCCAGACCCAGCAGUCUGAAGGAUCGGAUCAAAGGCCCGGCGGCACCCCCAGCCCUAGCUCCAGCCCCGGUCCAAACUUCUCCACUCGCUCUCUGAGGAAGCUAUCGUCCUCCUCAGCCUCUUCGGCCGGGUUCUCCUCGUCCUGGGAGGAGUCGGAGGAGGAUAUUUCCAGCGACACAGAAAAAGGAGAGCAGCUCCUGAACCCGGCGGUGCUCAGUUCUCAACAGAAAGCACACAAGUCGUGGAAGAAGAUUAAGAACAUGGUUCACUGGUCGCCGUUCGUCAUGUCCUUCAAGAAGAAAUAUCCCUGGAUACAGCUGGCAGGACACGCAGGGAGUUUCAAGGCGGGAGCGAACGGCCGCAUAUUAAAAAAACACUGUGAAUGCGAGCAGCGCUGUUUGUCCCUGCUGAUGAGAGACGUGCUUCGUCCGUACGUCCCCGGUUACCAUGGAGACGUGGAGAAGGACGGACAGAAGUACAACCAGAUGGAAGAUCUACUGGCCGAGUUUGACUUCCCCUGUGUGAUGGACUGUAAGAUGGGAGUCAGGACGUAUCUGGAAGAAGAGCUGACCAAGGCUCGUAAGAAACCGUCUCCGAGACCCGACAUGUACCAGAAAAUGAUCGAAGUGGAUCCCAACGCUCCGACGGCAGAAGAAAACGAGCAGAAGGCGGUGACCAAACCCAGAUACAUGCAGUGGAGGGAGACGAUCAGCUCGACGGCCACACUGGGAUUCAGGAUAGAGGGAGUCAAGAAAGAGGACGGCACGGUGAACAGAGAUUUUAAGAAGACAAAGACGAGAGAACAAGUCACUGCAGCCUUCCACGACUUUGUAAAAGGAAAUAAGGACAUAGUGAACUGUUAUCUAACAAGACUGAAAGAAAUCAGAGACACUCUGGAGAUCUCACCGUUCUUCAAAACCCACGAGGUGAUCGGCAGCUCCUUGUUAUUCGUCCACGACAGUAAGGGGCGGGCCAAAGUCUGGAUGAUUGACUUUGGUAAGACCACGCCCCUCCCCGACGGCAACGAGCUGACCCACCGAGCGUCGUGGGUGGAGGGGAACCGGGAGGACGGAUACCUCUCUGGACUCGAUAGUUUGGUGGACAUCAUUUCCUCCAUGGUGAACUCUGACACAUGAACACUUGGACUCCUUCAUUCAUUCUUGAUCCCUCCAGAGAGAACUUUCCUCGAGGACUCCGUCACAUGUUGAAAACCACGUGAUCCGAAAAGGAGCGCACGGCCGGAGAGUCCGGAUUUAGUCAUGUCAUGUUCUGUUGUCUUUAACCCCUUAAAAGGCCUCUUUCUCAGCAGACAUUAGACAGAAAAAGCAACAGCAAGGCUAAUAAUAUUUACGACAGCUCAGUUCCUCAUAAACCAGCAGACAUAAUAACAGUGUUAUUUAUACACCUGACUUCUUCUUUUAUGACAUCAAAAAAGCAACCUUUUACUUAGGGAAUUCUUAGUUUGGCCCUCUGAACUCCAAGCAGCAGUUUCUGGGCGUAUGACUGUUAGAAUGCCAUGAAUUCUAAAAAAAUAUGAAAAAAGUAGAAUUUCUUGGAUUGUUUAUUCAACAAAAUUUGAAGAAAACAUGAAAGAAAUCCUGGAAAAACUAAUUCCCACAAGUGUUACUUAAACUGGAAAAAAAUGUGGUUCUGCAUACUAUAGACAUUUAACUAUUUCCCUUUUUAAUUUGUUACUAAUCUACUCUGCUUCAGGGAAACACAGCCUGCAGUUUAGCCAAAAGCUCUCUGAAUUUUUGUUGUAUGACUGCUGGUUACGGCUCAAUGAUUCUGGUUUUUAAGUAGCGUUAAGGAGCCCAGAAGUUUUAAUUUUGUACAGAAUUUGGUUAUAGCAAACUCUUAAUUUUCAGCAUUUUUUAAAACUACACAUUUAAAUUAUUUUAAUGAAAUAUUACAACUUUAAGCUUAGAUUCCGUUAUGCAUGAUUACUUCAAAGACUGUCAGAAAACCGUAAAUCCAAUGUGUGUGUGUGUGUGUGUGCGUGCGUGCGUGCGUGCGUGCGUGCGUGCGUGCGUGCGUGCGUGUGUGUGUGUAAUUUUAAGAAUUUUUUUAAAAAGAUGACAUGGCUUUUUCACCUGCUGGUAUGUUUUGGGGUUCAGAGGGUUAAUAAUAUACCAUUAAUGUUAUUUCUUACACCUAUGCUUUUGUACUUUUAAUGUCAAAAUGUCUGCUUUGAUAAAGGUCUAUUUUUAUAUUAAUAAUUCCUGCAACACAGACUUUAACUAAAAGAAUUCUGAGUUUAAAGCAAACUGAAGGUUAUUGUCUUGUAAUCAAAUCCCAUGCAAAGACCAAAACCAACAAUGUUUGUUUUUCAAUGCUUCUUCACUUAUUUAGCAUUUGUGUAGAUCCUUUGGGCACAAACACCAAGAGGUUUAACCAAAGAAGCUUCUUGGAUGGAGGUGAAACAUCUUCGAGAACCAUUAAAAAAGUCCAGGUGUCUUCUACUGAAGCUCUUCAGAUCAAAAUAAAGUACAAAACAUGAGUUCAUUGUAAUGAAUUAAUGUCACUAAGACUUUAGUGAACCAAAGAACAUCUUGGUGACUGAAAUCAAACCUCUUUAUUUUUGAUCAUUUUUGACAGAGACAGAGUACAGUAAUAGCAGUGAAAUAUCUAAAUUCAACCUUAAAUUUGGUUAAUUUUCCAGAUGAAACCACAUGACUAGUUCAAGGAUCAUUGGGAAGUAAAAAAUCUGAUAUUUUUUUCUGCUUUUGCAGUUUCUAACUGAUAAAACAUGGAAAGAUGAACCUUAACCAAUGCAGAAGUGAGUUAAACCUGGAUUCUUUCUAACAACCAGCAGGGGGCGACUCCUCCGGUUGGAAAAAGAAGUCAGAUUGUGUAGAAGUCUAUGAGAAAAUGAACCAACUUCUCAUUUGAUAAACGUUCGGGAAACAUAAUUAAGUUAUACAAAGCAGUCUUCAUUACGUUAGACCAGUUCAGAGUAAAGUUUGAAAGUAUUGGAUUAAUCCCGGAAGACUGUUGACGUCGUGUUUUUCUCCUUAUGAAAGUAACACCAGAGAUGUUCAACCAAUGGGAACUUGGUCGAAUGAGAACGAAUCAACCAACUUAUCGACCUAUUUGUUGGUUUUGGUCUUUCACGGUAUUUGUUUCAAAUAAAACUCCAGAAUUAUUCUUCAAAACCACAUAUAUGAGGAACUUCGAAGUUUCCAAUCACAAAAAAGACCUUAAUUCAAAUUUUCCAUAAAACCAGCAUUUAUGCUAUUUCUCAUUUUAUGAAAGACACUGUAACUAAAGAAACAUAGUUUUUACUGUAAACAUGUAAGUUCACAACUCCCGUAUUUGGGCUUAAAUGCUUCAAUUUGGCUGUACUGAGCUGAUUUGCUGCAAAACCUAACUCAGUUUUAUUUGAAUUUUUUCAUCAGUUUGACCCUUUUCUUUCAAAACAUGCACUUACUUUCACUGUCAGUCAUAGGAAUUGUACAGUUUGAGUGUUUUUAACCUAUGAAAACAGUUUGAAGCUGUACGAAAAGAGACAAACCUUCUUUAUCCAUUAACACUCAAAAGUCAUCGAGGGUUUCAAUAAUCUGGCAAUAACUGGCAUCUAGGUGGAGCUAAAUAAUCCAUCUCAGCGUAGUUUCAGUUUCUUACGGAGUAUUGUUUCAUAUGUAAAAAUAUUCUCAGCCGUGGCCACACUCCGCUCACACUCUGUCAGGAUUGUUCACAAUGUACAGUAAGAUUUAUUUUGUUUGAUGUAGUUUUUUAAUCGUAACAUUAUUUUAGUGAAAUCAUGUGGAACACUUACAGCCAUGAACAAUCUUAUUUAAGCUAUCCAGUGCCUUGACACGACGAAGCCAAGUCAGAAAAAAACCUGUUGUGAUGUAUUUUCUCUGCUAGUCUUAAAUGUGGGUUUUCUGAGUUUAGUCCUACACGGGUGCAUGUUUAUUAUCCUCUUAGAAGUUUGUUCUUAAUUUGUUUUUAUUUAAAGCACAUCUUUUUUUCUUUUAGCUCACUGGAGACUGUGACAUUUUGGAUUAUGGACCGUUAUGCUUGCGUUAGAUGAGUGAAAGUUGUCGGGUUGCUGACAUUCUUCAAAGCAGAGAAAUGACUAAAGUAAAACAGUUUAAUUCAGUGGUGGGUACCAGCAGUUUGGAAGGGCAUAAAAAGCUUCUCACAGUGUAACAGUAAGCAGUAGGUUUCACUCUACCAUGGUUUUAAAAUGCAGUGGUUUUCAGUUGAGGUUUGCAGUGACAGUAGAUGGAAAAAGAGACUGAUUGCGACUUUGUGCAGUGCCUUCUUGAAGAAGUAGUUACACAUGUUAGCUUUCUUGUCAAGAUUCAGGUGAGUAACAGAUGGCAUAGUGCAACUUUCCCCAAUUGGCAGCCAUCUUUGUUACACCUCCAGGCAGUUAUUUCAGGCUGGGCUUCCAAUUUAAAUGAGUGAUGAGAGAGCAAUGAGUGUAAUUUCAAAACUGUAUGUACAGAAACAACUGUCAAAACUGCUAAAAAACCUUUAAAAUUUUGGUGACUUUGUCCUAAAAUAAGGUUUUAUUCUGUCAUUCUGUACAUGCACUUUUGUCUGGUCUUGUUAUCCAAACUAACUGCCCUGGGGUGUUACCAAGAACACUUCUUUUUGAUGAAAUUAGCCUAUAACUAUGGAAGCAUAAACUAGUAGAUGCUUAGCAUCACUUAGCAUCAGUACUGGAAGACUGAAAUUUAAGGCUAACUUGGUAAUUUGGGACCUUCAGUGUAUCAGCCCGGCAGAUUUUGUUGCCAGAAGAUGGGGAAAAGUUGUGUUCAGUCAUGUUUUCCAACCUUGUUUCUAAGUUAAGCUAACCAUCUGCUGGUUAUAACUUCAGUUCUAGCAGUCUGACUCUUGCAAGAAGUAUGGAAUAUACCAACUAUUCCUUUCAGACCGACCGUGUUGCUCUUGCACCCCGAUGUGCACUUCCAGCUGUUUGUAAGUAGGUUUCAUAUUGUUCUGAUUUUGCCGGCUUGUGUAUUUAUUUGGAUUGUUCCUUUAAAAUAAUGUGUAUUUGGUGAAACAAAACUUUUGUGUUUAUGUGUCAUUUCUGUCCGUGUGUCAUUUUUAUGUAUCUGUCUAUCUAUAAGUGGAAUUUAAAAAGUUCUCUCCCCCACCUAUUAACAAGGGGUCUCACUCCCAUACCAUGGAUCCUUAUAUCACUGUCCACAAAAACUCAGAUGUUUGAAUCAAUGAAAUAAAAAAUGAGAGGAAAGCUUGA